UGUCAUAAAAUUUUUCAAUUCUACAACUCGUCAAAUUAGAUAAAUUCGGCGAUUCAUUCGGUCAGUUCAACUUUAUUUUAAUUUUAUCUAAUUUAUUUAACUGAUUUUUAAUUAAAAAAUUUUACUUAACUGCUCCUAAAAUUACAGCACAAACAAAUUAUUACUUUUAGCGUUCGGUCCAAAAGUUAGUCGGUUUCUAUCACGCAAACACACCGAGUGGUUAUCUAGUGUGGUCGUGGCAGCAGUCGGAGUUAGUCGUUAGGGCUCACAGAUCAGGCGACAUGGAAGAACAAGUGAAACUCUUCACCCGCGAGGAGCUGAAGGCCCGCAACACCCGCACAGAUGCGAUCCUCAUCAUACACAACGGCGUGUACGACGUCACAAAGUUCCUGGAGGAGCACCCGGGUGGUGAGGAAGUGCUGUUGGAGGUGGCGGGGCAGGACGCCACCGAGCCUUUUGAAGAUGUCAGCCAUAGUUCAGAUGCCAGGUCGCUGAUGAAGAAGUACAAGAUCGGCGAGCUGGUGGAGGCGGACCGCAAGCAAUCCAAGCCCGCGUACGCCGCCGACUGGAACGACCAGGCGCAGGAGCAGGGCAACUCCUGGACCGCCUGGCUGGCGCCGCUGCUGCUGGGCGUGGCGGCCACCAUCCUCUACCGCUACAUGUUCGCGUAGUGUCCCCGCAGCCCCCGCGCAGCCCCACGCAUAGCCUCAGGAAGAGCAGAGUCCGCCCUCGGGUCAAUGACCGGCCCCCGUUGCAAACCGUCUAUGAAACGCUACGCUACGUUAAAACUCGUCGUUAUUAUCUGUUCUUUCUAUGAUCUGUGGAAAAAACUUGACCAAUAAGACGAAUCAUGUGACGUUUUUGUGGGUCUUAUAGUAUCUAACACUUCAGUUUGACACACGUCUCAUGUCCAAUAGAGGUGAAAAACUGACAGAAUAAUUAAGUAUAAUUAGGGUGAAAAUAGCUGUAAUAAUGAAGAAAGAUUAUUUGAAAUCAAUAUUAUUAUGGUGCCUUUUUAAUGUUGAAGUCCGAUUGGUCCAAGUUGCGAUUUGUUGCAAGUCAUUAUUUACUUUUAGGCGAGUAGGCGACCAAUACUGGAAGAGUUUCUUCAGCUGGUGCAUCUUCUCUUACGAGUAGUCUAUUUGUUUGGGAGAAUUACCGUCACCUUUUUGUUGUUGAUUUUGUUUGGUUUUCAUCUUAAACAAGAGCUUCGCUCCGUACACACUCAUCUUAUUAUCACAAGAUAACCUGACAAACCUACUUUUAACCAAAUAUUUACGUUGAUAUAUGUGUGGCUUGGGAAGUUUUAGGUAGGUUUGUAGAUUAUCUUGUUUUGUGACCUAAACAUAAGCGAGCGAGCGCCAUUUAAGUUGUAAUUAAAUAAAAGCUCUUCCGGACCGGGACGCGAUUGAUCCGAUCAAUCUUCUAAAUGAGAUGUUAAAUUCUUAAUCGUGGCCGUGAAGCAUUCAAAAGCUGCCCGUUUUUCCUCGGGGGCCGGCGAGAGGCGACUCUGCAUGCAUUUAUUCGCGUUGCGAUGUUUGUGAACAUUUACAACAGAAGCUAUAGCUCAUUAUAGUAAUUAUUUUGCAUAACAAUAUAUUUACACUGUACGUACUAGUUACCUACCUAUAUGAAUAUUUACAAAGCCUAUGGCAAAUAUUUUAAGCAUUUCGAGAGUGUGGUUUAUAUAUACUAUUCCUGUAAUAACUUAUAUUCUUAUUUAUUUUGAAUGCAAAUUUCUGGGACGUGGUUAUUUUUAUGAGAGGUGAGUGGUGUGUUGUGCAUCUAUAUAAGAAUUCUACCUGGAACUUGUUUCCUUGUUUGACAUAACAAAUUAUGAUUUGAAGGUUCCCUAUUUUGUGAGGGUUUUAAGAAAGUGACAGUCACUUCCACUCUCAGUUCAUUCUCACUAUUGCUUGUAUUUAAUUUGAACAGAUCAUAGUAUCUAAGUACGCAUUUCUCUAACAAGAACUAAAAUUAAAAGACAAAAAUAACUGGUAUCUUCGGAUUAUGUAAAAGGUAAAAGUAUCCAAAACCUAAAAGGUCCGAAGUAGUGCAGUUUCAAAGCGGGGCUUGUAGUUGUAAUACAAGGAAUUCUUCAAAGUCGUCACACUGCGGCGCGGCGGCAGAGCAGUUCCAGCACGGGCCCCUGUUACAAUUUGACAUGUCUAAUAGAAAUAGAAGGGUUUCUUGUAUUACAAGUAAAGUUCAGUAUAUCUACUCCUGCCAUAACCUGUGACCAACGUUAGUUUUGGUAUAAGUACAAUUUUUUUUACUUGGCUCAAAAUAACGUCAAAUGUAAAUUGAAAGAGCUAAUUUCUAAUGAUGUAUGUAUAGGUACAUGUGUGUAAUGUUGUUAGAAAUCUUCAGUACCUAAAUAGUUUAAUUUUGUAAGUCGCCUCCAAUCUUGCUUUUCAUUUGCAAGUACUUUUUAUAGCAAAGUGCGCUACAAAAUUUUAAAGUUAUUUAGAAUAUGUUGUAGUUUAUUUUUAACGUGUGUGUUAUGAUGAAAAGUUAUUUUGUUAACGCUCAUUGUAAUACUUAAAAAUCUCAAAUUAUCGCUGUAACUGAAAACAAGAUUUCUCAUUACUCUGAACAUUAAACUCAAGAUUUCUAUAUAUUUAAAAUAACAUGUCGCCUUGUCAAAAUUCAAUUAAUUACUAUUCAUUAUUAUAAAAUCACGUUUUAUUAUUCUCGUCUUUUGGCUACGAAGCUUGGUUCCGCCCACAAAAGACAGCAAGUAAUUUAUGCUUGACUAGAGGACGCCCGCGACUCCGCCCUCGUAAAUCGAAAAAUUACGGGAAAUCCUGUCUUAGUGCACCACAUAAAGAACCUAAGCGCCGUUUUCGCGCCAAUUUCAAGUCUCUAAACCCAGCGGUUUGGGCUGUGCGUUGAUAUCAGUGUCAUUCACUUUCUUGUUGCAUAUAUUUAGAUAGAUAAUAUGCUUGCCCGAAACCAGUCCUUGUCCCAAACCUUUUAAGGAAUCAAAUUUUUUAUCGUUAUAGACUUGAAACAGAAGCUAGUAGGUACACCCUGCGCAGUCAUGUGGGAUUCGACUUCAGAGCGCGUGAGAUUGCCUAAGCCUUGAAUGUUACAGAAGUAAUAUUUAGUGAGAAUGGGCGCGCGAUAAACAAUAUAUAUGGUGUUUUCGGUCUAAGGUAGAGGAAAUGCUUAUUUUGACUCAAUAAAGAUAAUUUAUUUCGAAUAUAUGUUAUUAACAGACAACAUGUAUGCAAGUAACAAUAGUGUUACGUGGUAUUUUAUUAGGUGCUGUGUUGGUUAUUUCGGUCGUGUUGAAACAAGUCCUGAUUUCAGGGUUUGCAGGUAGUUGUGUGCCUUGUCCUUUUGGGUCAACUCAAACUUGGGAAAUGUAUAUGUGAUAAAAAUACACAAAAAUGAACUCUAAUGUUGUUGUAAUAAAGAAUUAGGUUAUGACCUAGCAAGCAUUCUAAUGUUGGUAAUCGAUUUCACGCUUUAUUGCAAUAAUUAUAAAGUUCGUUUUAUCUUUAUGUUUCAGUAAUUUUUUUUUUCUAUGUUUGCGCCUGACCCUUCGCUCAUUGGCCUCUGCACUUUCUGACUGAUACUAAUGUACAGUGGGAAAUAAAUCAAGUGCAAGAUAUGCCUUUGGACUAUGAGUGAAUCAGAGUGUUGCCAACACUUGCUGUAAUAUCCUAAGUGUAAUCAGAGUAUGAAAUAAGAUUAAUUAAUUUUUAAUAUGGGAUGUUUGAAUUUUAUUCUCAGUCAAUAUGCUGACUAGCUUUUAAAGUAUGCUGUGUCAAUUAUGGUAUUUUAUUAAUUCCAUGUUUUUUGUAAUUGCACAAAUGGGAUUCAGUAAGCCAGUGUACAAAUCAUUUAUUUUAUAGACACAUGCGCACACACAUUCAGUCAAACACAUGGAAAUUAAAUGGUUUAGUAUCAUAUGGGACCGGGAUGAAAACCGUUUUCUGUAAUUUUAUAAUAAGACAUGUAUACUUGUCGGUGUUAGUAAAUUUUGAUAUCUAAAGUUAACUAUUGUGCCACCAUGAGGCGAGAUAAACAGUUUAUUUUAAACGCUGCUAUUAUGACCCAAUGAAGGCUUCUAAAACUUAUUUUUACAGCGCCCUUUGACCGGCGCCUUUUGUUAUUGCCAAACUCCUAAAAAACUCAUUAACGAUCGUUCAUUAGUAAACAAUGUAAACUUGUAACUUACCUACUUGAUAUCUACUGUACGCCGUGAGGCAAGUUUGUAUGUGUGUGUGUGUCAAAUCACUAUCACUUCCUUGACCUCCGCUCAGCUAUGAAGGUCAGGGCGCCAAUAAACGUGUGAGGAGACACAGUUCAUUGUCGUAAUAAUGGUGCCACAAUGUGGCAGAUUGGCAUGGUCAUUACUAUAGAUAUAUCAUAAAAGAUGUGAAUAAAACCAAUCAUUAUAAAAAUGCAAUGAUCAUCAAUUUGUUUACAGCUUCAAUUUCAAUCAAAACAAUGAAGACUGUUAAUAUGCCAGCGAUAUUAGGAAUUAUUAUGCUACUAAAAGAAUGAUAAUAUUUUCUGAAUUCGUUGAUUCUCAAUUUUAUCGCGCGAAAAACUAUUGUUGUCCCGUUUUAAUUCCCGUUCCCGUCAUAAUAAUAAGCGAAAGAGCCAUAGUUUUUCGCGCGACAGAAACGGCGUCGAGCGUGCCAGACUGAGUAUAUAUUGCGAUAUUCAUUUUUUUGCGGUCCACUGUACCUUUUUGGUGCACCAUACAAUACUGUAUUCUCUUCACAUGUUCAUUUAAGGGAAUUUUGUUAUAUAUUUUUUAUAUAAAUGAUGACAACAUAAA